AUGCUUUCAUUCAUUGGUGCGGGAUUGAGGUUCUUCAACCUUAACUCUCACCUUGUUUCAAAUGAAUUGUCUGGAGAAAAUAUGGGGUUCCAAAUUAAUCUUCCGACUUGCGGUUAUCCAUCUUUUUGGUUUGAUGCAAAUCCCAAAAAUAAAAAAUGUCUCCCGCAGUUGAGGAAAUGUGCUAAACCUUUAAAAUUAUAUGCAAUAUUUGCUUUACCAGAAAGAGGUACUAAAGAGAUAAAACACCCGACUUAUAAAGCUAAUCCUUUUUCUUUUGGCCUUAUUUUAAUUUCCUACUACUCUUUAUCGAAUCUAACCAUACAUAAGAAAUAUUUUUGGGCUUUUGACGGACAGAGAAGCACCAAAUCUUCAAAUUUUACUCAAAAUUCAAUGUACAGAUACUUUAUUACCUAUUUUGAUUUAUCUACUUCUCUGCGUGUUUCACCACUGGCUCAAAUGCGGAACGUGAGCUCGAGGUGUCUAGCAUCUUCUCCUACUUGGCCCGAUUGGUUACAUAAAUUAAGACGUAUUAGUUGUUCUAAUGGACCUGAAGUCACUAGGACAGCAGGUGCUGUGAUUUUAAUUUUGACUACUCCUGUUAUAAACAAUCUUACCACCAUGACUGAUAACAUCUCUCUUGAUGAUGCUUACUUGGUAUUUCAGAAAUUUGCCAUUUUUAUGCAUAUUCUCAAGUUUUCAUUCAAACCAAGAUCGCACUUUUGUUUUAUUAUGGUGUACAUAGUUAAACACUAUUCUGGGAUUCAAAGGCUUAGUUUUCCUAAAUUUUGCCUGAUUUCCCUACGUAGGAUAAUGGAACUCUCCGUGCUGAGCUCUGUCACUGUCAUCCUGAAUUAUGUAUUGCAAUGCAUCAACGGCGGUCUACUAAAUGUCUUCUUUACUCCUACAUAUAACCAAACCUCAAAGCAAACGACGUAUGAAUUUGGCAUGAAUCAAGAUCGUUUGAUGAAAUACGUGAAAGGAGUGCUCACGAUCUCCGGAAAGGAUUUACCCCUUGACGUAUUAAAAACCUUUCCUGAAAGCAUUGGAGGUGGCGAUAAGGGCGUCAAGGAGGCUCAAGAAAACCCUAAUCGAGAGGUUAUUUUCAUCAUUGGACCAGUGGCAGCUGCGAUUAUUAUGCUGAUUGCCAUUCUCGGACUCGUUUUAAUAAGCUUUUGCACCUACGCCACGAAAUGCUGUCAUAGUCACAAGAAAAAGAAACCAAAGAGCGGUGAUAGAGGGAAUAAGUUAUCGGCCAAGUCUGCUAAAAGCUCUGAAGUCGCUGAAGUCCCUGCAGUUGAGGAACACAAAGAAACGCACCAAGAUCUUCCAUAUAAAAGACAAUUUGACAAUGGUUACGACGGAUAUCCCUAUUAUGGAAACGAAGAUUACAAGGAUUCAGGAAGUGAUUCGGACGACAGUGAAGACGAUGAUACAACGACUAGCAAGGACGACGACCCGAAGGUUACAGAUAAAUGCGAAUGGAGCAAUAAAUAUUUACCUUUCUUGUGUAAAAAUGCUACAAAUGAUACUAAAGAUUUGCAGAGACCUGGAAUCAAAAAAAUCUUUUCUUUAUUAAAUACUUUGUGCACAGGAACUGUUGCACGAAAUAAUGAGCAUCACAUCACUGAUGUAAUGCGUACCUUGCUGAAGCAUACCCUAGCCUUUCGAGACUUUCAUGAAGACGAAAGAAGACUUAUUCGACAAAGAAAAGGUACUAGGGCUGCGGACAUGGCCCAAAGGGGGAUCACCUGGUUUGGUACAACAGCCAAGUCGAAAGUGACUCAUCAUUUUUACCUGAGAGAUAAACAACAUUGUAUUACAACUGAUCUGAAAGGGAAAGGCAGACGAUUUAACUGCAUGACAUGGGGAACUUUCCAUGAAAGAACAACUGAAUUUGAAAAACUUUCCUGUGAUGUUCUUCAAUUUCUCUUCUUUCCACCCCCAUCAGACUUGUGUUUUCUUCUUCCUUUGGUCUUUUUAAGGAACUGUGUGGCGAAUGAUCAGGUAAUGUCAAAAUAUGAAGAGAACAAAGCACAUUGGCGCAAUGAAGAUCAGAAUGUGCAUAGUACAUGCAGAAUAAAAAAUGCAGUUCUACAGCCUAAUGUAUUGACUGUUCUUGUAUUCAAUCCUACGGUUCAUAAUGAAUUAUUGGACUAUGAAGAUGUAAUUUUGCAUAAGCAAAUCACGGGUAUUCACAGACUAUUCGCUUGGCCGCUUUUUCAAUGCGCUGGAUGCGAUAGUGCAUUUUCCACCUAUUUAUUUGCUCUUGGUUACUACGCCGUUAAUGUAAAGCAUAGUGCCAUAGAAAUGCUGCAUGAAGUGGCUAGUGUUGCUGUACCUGUUCCUUGCUUUUGUUUUGGCACAAAUAAUUCUGUGGGGAGGAGGCCUCGCUCUGUUGUUCAGGGCAUACUGCUUGACGAAAGUUUCACUGACUGUCUUUUACAAAUAAAAUACCUAAAUCAAAAAUUUUUGCAUUACGAAAAGGCUGCUUGCGAUGAUCUUUGGGUUUCAAAUUUAUAA